GGAUGGACACAUGUAUACCCUCAAAGUUGAUUGAAUUUACAGUUUAUACCAACACCGAAAGGAAGAAAUGUUUGUCAGAAGAGAAGUAUAAGAAAGAAAGACAGAAAAUAAAAAAAAUCACAUUUUUAUAAAAUAAUAUGAGAAAGCAGGUUUAGCAGAUAAGUGAGAAAAGUAAAAACCAAAUCCAAACCAGAGUUCAGCGAGCAAAAGGGCAUACGCUUCUCUGAGUUUCAUGUUCUGGAUCGGCGGUUGACUCAGUUUAAUGGUUGAAGUUAGAUCUGAGUUAAUCAUGGAGAAAUAGACUUGUUGUUUGUUUCAAAGGAGAUGUGACUGCCGUGAUCAAUUCUGUAAAGGUAAGUAGUUGGGAUUGAAGAUUUUAGAAAGAAAUGGAAGAAGUAGGUGCACAAAUGGCUCCUUCUAUAUUUAUGCAUCAUCAAGCACUUUCUAGUAGAUUAUGUGAGCCGACUUCUAUGGCCAAAAAGCGCCAUCUUUCCUAUCAAGGUUCAAAUUUUCAUCAUCAAUACGAAUCGCAGCAACAACAGAGAAUAGAUAAUUGGAACCCCAAGUUAUGGGAUUGGGAUAGCGUCAGAUUUGUUGCUAACCCAAGAGACUCCUCCUCCGAGGCUCUUCGUUUGGGAGCUUCAGUUGCAUCAGCGUCAGCACCAGAGGUGAACAAGGUGACGGUAGAGAAGAAGAAUAGUGUUAGUGCUGUCAAUGUAGACGAUGGACGGCUUGAUUUGAAUCUUGCUGGGUGCUUGAAUAGGGUGGAAGAGCCAGUUUCGAGACCCAACAAAAGAGUGCGGUCUGGAUCUCCGGGAAGCACCUCUUACCCUAUGUGUCAAGUAGAUGACUGUAAAGAAGAUCUUUCAAAUGCAAAAGACUAUCACCGUCGACAUAAAGUUUGUGAGUUUCAUAGUAAAUCUAGUAAAGCUCUUGUUGGGAAGCAGAUGCAGAGGUUCUGCCAGCAGUGUAGCAGGUUUCACCCUCUAUCGGAGUUUGAUGAGGGAAAGAGAAGUUGUAGGCGAAGACUUGCUGGGCAUAACAGGCGAAGAAGAAAAACCCAGCCAGAUGAUGUUACCUCACGGCCGUUAAUCCCUCCCGACCAGAACAAUGUUAACCCCGCCAGUGGGAAUUUGGAUAUUUUCAACCUGCUGGCUACUGUAGCUCGUGCACAAGGAAAAACUGAAGACAAAAGCAUCAACUGCUCAUCAGUACCGGAUAGAGACAGAUUGAUUAUGAUACUUAGUAAAAUAAAUUCACUGCCUUUGCCAGCAGACCUAGCUGCAAAGUUAGCAAAUAUUGGAAAUUUGAAUUGGAAAAAUCCGGAGCAACCUUCUUCAGAUUUCCAAAACAGAUUGAAUGGGAAUACAUCUUCUCCAUCAACCAUGGAUUUGCUAGCUGUCCUGUCAGCCACCCUAGCUACUUCUGCUCCAGAUGCUCUCACUAUUCUCUCCCAAAGAAGUAGCCAUGGCAGUGAUAGCGAGAAAACCAAGUUGGCCUGUCUUAACCAAGAAACUCCCAACUUUCAUAAGAGAACUACCUUAGAGUUUCCAUCUGUUCAAGGAGAAAGAAGCGGUGCUAGUUACCAGUCCCAUAUCGAAGAUUCAGAUUGCCAAAUUCAAGAAACUCAAGCUAAUUUACCGUUGCAGCUGUUUAGCUCUUCACCUGAGGAUGACAGCCCACCAAAACUGUCAUCUUCAAGAAAGUAUUUCUCUUCUGAAAGUAGUAAUCCAACAGGGGAGAGAUCUCCAUCCUCAUCUCCUGUUGUGCAAAAAUUGUUCCCAAUGCAAAGCACAACAGAAACUGUUAAGUCUCAGAAGAAAUCUGUUACCAGGGAGGCCAAUGCAAAUGUUGAAGUUAGCCAGACUUGUGGUUCUGUUAUGCCUCUUGAUCUCUUUAGAGGUUCAAAUAGAGGAACUGAUCAUUGUUCGUUUCAAAGUUUCCCGUGUCAAACUGGGUGUACUUCAUCUUCUGGGUCUGAUCAAUCACCUUCUAGCUUGAACUCGGACGCUCAGGAUCGCACAGGCCGAAUAAUUUUUAAAUUAUUUGACAAGGAUCCCAGUCAUCUUCCUAGGACGUUGCAGACACAGAUCUAUAAUUGGCUUUCUAACAGUCCAUCAGAAAUGGAAAGCUACAUACGACCUGGUUGUGUGGUAUUAUCAAUUUAUGUAUCUAUGUCAUCAGCUGCUUGGGAGCAAUUUGAAGGAAACCUGCUUCAGCAUGUCAAUGCUUUGGUCCAAGAUUCAGAUUCCAAUUUUUGGAAAAAUGCUAGGUUUUUGGUUCAUACUGGCAGGCAGUUGGCAUCACAUAAGGCGGGGAAGAUUCGUCUAUGCAAGUCCUGGAGAACAUGGAGUUCUCCUGAGUUGAUCUCAGUGUCUCCUUUGGCAGUUGUGGUUGGGCAAGAGAACUCUUUUAUUUUGAGGGGCAGAAAUCUGACAAGUCCUGGAACCAAGAUCCAUUGCACAUAUAUGGGUGGAUACACAUCACACGAAGUAACUGGGUCAACAUAUCUGGGAACCAUGUAUGAUGAGAUAAAGUUGGAUGGUCUUAAAUUUGGGGAUGCAUCUCCUGGUGUUAUUGGACGAUUUUUUGUUGAGGUGGAAAAUGGUUUCAAGGGCAACAGUUUUCCUGUUAUAAUAGCAGAUGCUACAAUUUGUAAAGAAUUGAGACUUCUUGAAUCUGAAUUUGAGACAGAGGCUAAAGUAUGUGAUAUCAUUUCCGAAGAUCAAGCUCAUGAGUAUGACAGGCCCAGAUCAAGGGAAGAAACUGUGCACUUCUUAAAUGAACUUGGAUGGCUGUUCCAAAGGAAAAGGACCUCAUCUGUGCAUGAGGGUCCUGAUUAUUCCCUCACUCGGUUCAAAUUUUUACUUGUAUUCUCGGUUGAACAUGACUGCUGUGCUUUAGUGAAAGCAGUUCUGGACAUGAUGGUAGAGAGAAGCUUCGAUGCGGAUGACCUAUCUAGGGAAUCUCUAGAUAUGCUGACUGAGAUUCAACUCUUGAGCAGGGCAGUGAAAAGGAGGUGCAGAGGCAUGACUGACUUACUGAUUCGUUAUUCUAUAGGUAGCAGUAAUGGUACAAGGAUAUAUAUUUUCCCACCAGACCUUGCAGGACCAGGUGGUAUUACACCUCUACAUUUGGCUGCGUGUACAGCGGAUUCAGAUGAUAUGAUAGAUGCUUUGACAAAUGACCCACAGGAGAUUGGAUUGUCCUGCUGGAAUACUCUUCUUGAUGCGAAUGGGCUGUCUCCAAAUUGUUAUGCCAUUAUGAGGAAUAACCACUCUUACAACAAGCUUGUGGAGCGUAAACUUUCUGAAAGAAGAAAUGGCCAUGUUUCUGUGUCGAUUGGUAUGGAGAUAGAACAAUCUGGUUUGACAGUGGACCAUGUGCAUAGGAUAACUUCCCAAUCAAGAAAAGGGCAAAAAUCUUGUGCCAGGUGUGCAAUGGUUGCAACAAAAGUCAAUAGAAGGGUUCCGGGUACACAGGGCUUACUUCACCGCCCUUACAUUCAUUCAAUGCUUGCCAUUGCUGCUGUCUGUGUUUGUGUCUGCCUAUUCUUGCGAGGCUCUCCGGACAUUGGUCUAGAUCUUCCAUUUACGUGGGAGAACUUGAAUUAUGGUCCAAAGUAGUGAUAAUGGGAAAAUAUAUGUUGAGGAAUAAAAAGAAUGCAAGCGGGGGCGUGCAGUGCACCACGAGCCGGAUAUUAUCUUGUGGUGCAGUUAUGUGAGGGGAGAUAUACCCGGAAAAAGUAAUACAGGGCACAGUUGGAGAAGAGGGUGAAUGACAAAGAACUGCAUAUUACUUGACAAACCUGAGAUUUUGAAUGUUUUAGCUUUUGCCCAUUUUUCCUGAUUUAUUUGUGUUUGGAGAUGAAGAAGUUUUCUCAGAUUGCAGAAAGCCACAACUUCUAAGACCUACAGAAAUAUGCAACUUGAAGGGUGGAAUUUCUGCAUUCAACACAAAUCAAAGAUUGAGAGUAAGUAUAUGAUGAGGUGAAGAAGUACAAGCGAAUUAUAUUGGUAGACUGAGAACUUAAAUGAAGUUAAAUUAAUUUUAUAUAUUUGUACUUUCCAUUUUGAUUUCUUUUUUCUUUUUUUAUUAAUUCUUGAAGAAAGAUGCAGACCUGCUAGUGUAACUGACUUCUGUAUUGAUUUUGUUACUGUAAAGGUGGUUGGUAGGCAGGAUUAAUCAAUCACUAUACCUGUAUCUUUAUAUAGUAAAAUAUUUGUUGACAUAUAAUUUUCAAAUAAGAGGCACUCCACAAGCCCCCAUCUCUCCUCUCUA